AUGACCAAGAUCUUCCUUACCGGCGCUACUGGCUACAUUGGCGGUGAUGUCCUUCACACGCUGUUGAAGUCGCACCCCGAAUACAAAGUCCGAGCCUUAGUUCGUGAUGCUUCGAAGGGAGCGGCCAUAACCAAGAAUUAUAGUCAGGUGCAGCUUGUUACUGGCGGACUUGAUGACGCCGAUGUUAUUGCACAGGAAGCCCAGGAUGCUGACGUCGUGCUCCAUCUCGCGGCGACCGGCCACUUGAAGAGUGUCCAGACCAUCUAUGAGACCCUCUCGGAACGACCUGAUAGCGCGAAGUCUCCCUAUUACAUCCAAAUCUCAGGCGCGAGCGCGUUGGCGGCUGGUGAGCUGGCCGACAAGUCGCGGGUCUUUGGUACAGGCAGUGAUGUCAUCUACGAUGAUCUGACUGGUAUCGACUCGAUCAAGUCGCUCAUCAAGCAAUACCCAAGCCGCGCAGUGGACAACUACAUCUUUUCUGUUUCGGAGCAGAACUCAAAUGUCAAGACGGCGCUGGUUGUUCCUCCCAUUAUUUACGGCCAAGGUCGUGGUCCCGGCAAUCGGCGCAGCAUCCAAAUUCCCGGGCUGGCCAAAGCGACAUUGGAGCGCAAGAAGGGCCUGCAAGUUGGCUCUGGCGAAAGUCGCUGGGGGAACAUUCACAUCGCCGAUUUGAGCCGCAUCUUUGUCGGUUUGGUUGAGAAGGCGGUUGAGGGCAAUCAAGAUGAGAACAUAUGGGGGGCUAAGGGCCUCUUUUUCACCGGUGCUGGAGAACUGUCAUUUGCCGAGAUCUCACGUCGCAUCGCUGUCGCUGCGAAUGACUUUAAUCUCAUCCCGACCACAGAAGUCGACAAUCUCGAUGCAAAGGAAAUAGACCGCAUCAUUCCCCAUGGCUCUGUCCUGUUGGGAACAAACGCGCGCGCUGGAGCUGAUCGGGCUCGAAAGGUCCUCGGAUGGGAACCAGAACAUGAAAGCUUGGGGGAGCAUAUCCCAACCACAGUAAUUCAAGAGGCCGAGGCACUUGGUAUCAAGGGUAAGAAUCCCAAAUCCAAGCUUUGA